CCGCCCGCCGGUCACCCAGGGGCCUUGGGAACAGGGAAAUGCGCGCGCCGAGGCGGUGGCGGCCUCGCCGCUUUCAGUUUUCAUUGAGGCUGCUGGUUACUGUUUAACAUCCCCACCCACGUUUCAGUUUGUUUAGUAAAUCGAUCGUUCGGUGAGAGUCAGGCCGCUGCCUUGUCGCCAUUGAGCAAAACUAAUAUCCUUCAGCAUACGGUCAAAAGUCUUUGCUAGAGAUCAAGACAAACAAACAAACAAACAAACCACAAAAUCCUUAAGCCUCCUCUCCCAGCUCCCCCCCAGCCCCACCCCCACCUCCCACCUCCGCGCUUUCAGCCAACUUCCCAGGCUCGGAAAAGUGCGGCACGGGACGCCGCUGCUGGGGUGGGUGGGGGGAACGUGCCGCCGGGAGAUGCGGCGGCUGCGGCGCAGCUGACUGCGACGCGGGAGCUCCGGGAGCGCCUCCGCGCAGAAUUGUAAGCUGCAAUUGAGGAAGGAGAAGGGGAUCCAAGCCCUGAUGUCCCUUUUUUGAGUGAAGACCCUUCUUCUCAUGCUUUGGAACCUGCACUGAAUCCUGAAAACUUUUUGCAGUAGCAUUUGAAAACCACUGGCCUAGCCCAACCCCCUCAUUUUACAGAUGAAGAAACUGAACUUGAGAGAAGUUGAGUGACUGGCCCACCAUUGCAAAGCUGAGAGCUCUGCUCCAGAGACAACAAGUAUGAAUACCACAGACAAUGGUGUCAACUGUCUAUGUGCUAUAUGUGGGGACAGAGCGACAGGAAAGCAUUAUGGAGCAUCAAGCUGUGAUGGGUGCAAGGGCUUCUUCAGACGCAGCAUACGCAAGAGUCACGUUUAUUCCUGCAGGUUCAGUCGGCAAUGUGUUGUUGACAAGGACAAAAGGAAUCAAUGUAGAUAUUGUCGAUUAAGAAAGUGUUUUAGAGCAGGAAUGAAAAAAGAAGCUGUGCAAAAUGAACGUGAUCGAAUAAGCACCAGAAGGAGCACAUUUGAUGGCAGCAACAUCCCCUCCAUUAACACACUGGCACAGGCAGAAAUUCGGUCUCGCCAGAUCUCAAUCUCAAGCCCUGGAGCAAGCACUGACAUAAAUGUUAAGAAAAUUGCAAGUAUCAGUGAUGUCUGCGAAUCUAUGAAGCAGCAGCUCUUAGUCUUGGUGGAAUGGGCUAAAUAUAUCCCCGCCUUCUGUGAGUUACCGCUGGAUGACCAGGUGGCACUGUUGAGAGCUCACGCAGGGGAACAUUUACUGCUUGGAGCGACAAAGAGAUCCAUGGUGUAUAAAGAUAUUUUGCUUUUGGGAAACAACUACGUAAUUCACCGCAACAGCAGUGAAAUUGAGAUCAGCCGCGUGGCCAACCGGGUUCUAGACGAGUUGGUACGACCAUUUCAAGAAAUUCAGAUUGAUGACAAUGAAUAUGCUUGUUUGAAGGCAAUUGUAUUUUUUGAUCCAGAUGCAAAAGGGCUAAGCGACCCGGUAAAGAUUAAGAACAUGCGGUUCCAAGUGCAGCUCAGUUUGGAGGACUACAUCAAUGACAGGCAAUAUGACUCCCGGGGGAGGUUUGGAGAGCUGCUCUUGCUCCUGCCCACGCUGCAGAGCAUCACCUGGCAAAUGAUUGAGCAAAUACAGUUCGUUAAACUUUUUGGGAUGGUUAAAAUUGACAACUUACUUCAGGAAAUGUUACUAGGUGGUGCUUCCAGUGACGCCAGCCAUCUCCAUCAUCCGGUGCACCCACAUUUGUCUCAAGAUCCAUUAACCGGACAAACUAUACUUUUAGGUCCCAUGUCAACACUGGUUCAUACAGACCAGAUCUCAACUCCUGAGACCCCACUCCCUUCCCCACCACAAGGCUCUGGACAAGAACAGUACAAAAUAGCCGCAAACCAAGCUUCAGUGAUUUCACACCAGCCUCUCUCCAAACAAAAGCAAUUGUGAGAAUAUGUUUACUCCUGAAUGGCACUGCGUAAAUGUGAAAACUUGUUGGUCUUAAAAUAACUCAGGAUAGUACUUUUGGCAAACUCUUAGCCAAGGCUUCUUCAUGGUGCUGUUGUAAGAUGGUAUCCUCUUUUCUUGUUUAUAUGCUCAUUUUGUUUGUUGUUGCUAUUGUUUAAAACUUUCAGAUGCAAAUAAUGCAUAUCUGAGUUUCAAUAUGUUUGUAUAGUAUAUUUUUCCAACUUCCCUUGCACUGCUCUGGAACCAGUUGAAUCUUAUGUACUACUUUCAUUUGUUGUCUCGAUAUUAAUUUAAAUUUAUAAAUAAUUGCUUCAUUGUGAUGUGAUGCAGAACUGAGUGUUCUUUUGUGACUAAGAAUGGUAGGCAGAUCAGCAAUUCCAGAUCAGUGUAAAAUGAACCAUUUUUUUUUUUAUCAAUUUCAAACUUGCAAGUUAGAAAAAUAAAGCAGUUGCUAUAAAAUAGGAAAUAUUUAUUUGAAGAAUCACUUGUGGAUAUCCAGUGGCUAAGAAGCAUCUUUUUGGCCCACAGUUAAAUACACCUCUAUCUUAAGCUUAGAAAAUUAUAGUCAUGCCAAGGCUGACUGGCUAUUCCUUGUAAUCCUGCCUAUAUUUGAAGAUGUAUUUUAACGUAAAACAUGUUUGUUUUACCAAUCAAGAUACAGGAUAAAUGGUAAAAAAGGAAACCCUUAACACAGUGGCUCGACCAAGAGAAACCCUGCCUUCUCUCUCAUAAAACAAUCUGGUAGUCAUCCAUUGACUUGAAUUUUAGCAUAUGCCUGCCUCUAGUUCCCAGGGACCCUGCAAGAGCAGUCUUUAGGUGAUAAGCCUUGUGCCAACUAAAACGGCACCGCUCUGGGAGGCUGAUAUUGGGAGACAAAAUGGCCAUUGUCACACACACAGUGUCUCAAUCCUCACGGCAACCCCGUAAGAGAGGUAUUAUUGUCUUUCCCUUAUAAAUGAAGAAACCUAUUGCUUGGAGGGUUGAAGUACAUAACUGAAGUUUGUAAACCUGAAGAGCAGGACAGCCACCUUGACGCCCAGAUCUGCUUGAUUCUAAGGAGAAUAAAUCUGGUGUGGAAUGAAAAAUGUGAGCUUCUUACUAUGGUUUUUAAAUAUAUGCAGUUGAUGUGAUGACUGAAUCCAGCCCAUCUUGUUACCUGUAACACAUAUUUACAUGUAAUCAAUGAGUGUAAAUUUGUUGCAGCAUGAAUAAGAAACCACUGUUGUCGCUUUAAUGUCUUCCCCCCAAAACAAAAAACAAAAAAGACAAAAACACAAAACAAAACCUUAAAACAAAUUAAAGGAAAUAAAAGACAUACCAGAUAGGUUAUGAUGAAAACACAAAUGCAAAUCACUGGCUCAGCGGAUUUUCAAAAAUCCAGUGGACUGAGGAGUACAGUUCAUUGGAGCCCUAUUUGAUAUCAUCUAAAGCUGAAGUGUAUUUGAAAACAAUGCAUGAUGGGCCACCUCAAGAAAUAGUGAUCUCUCUCACUCUCUUUCUCUAUCACACACACACACACACACACACACGCACACAGAAGCAAGGAAAUAUUACUGAGUAAUUAUGAGCGAUACAAAAAAAUAGUGUCCCAACUUGUAAGAGACUAAAUUAACUGAUUUUUACAGAAUCUCUCAAAAUUUCUAA